AUGGCUGGUCCAUCUCCCAACCUCUACAGCUUCCCUAACACGGACACCCUCGCCCAACAAUUGCGGCCAUACGUCCUGCGAUGCCAAAAUGCCGCCCUGACCCGUCACAAUAGCUUCCGCGUCGCCGUCUCUGGAGGCUCGCUGCCGGCCGUGUUGGCCAAGGCUCUGCUGGCCCCAGGAAACGGGACUCCCGAGGACACGCCGCAGUUCUCGAAAUGGGAGAUCUUCUUUGCCGAUGAGCGCGCCGUGCCGCUCGACCACGAAGACAGCAACUACCGUCUCCUCAAGGAGGAGCUGCUCAGCAAGCUCCCCGAAGACCUGGGCCAACCCCGCGUCCACCCCAUCGAUGCCAACCACGUCAACGACGAGGACCCCCAGGAGCUCGCCGACCUGUACCAGGAGGAGCUGAUGAAGAUCUUCGCCGCCAAGGACAGCGUCAAGCUGCCCGUGUUCGACCUCAUCCUGCUCGGCUGCGGCCCCGACGGCCACACCUGCAGUCUCUUCCCCGGCCACGAGCUCCUGCGCGAGAAGGACGCCUGGGUGGCCGCCGAGAGCCAGUCGCCCAAGCCCCCGCCCAAGCGCAUCACCCUGACCCUGCCUGUCGUCACCCACGCCCAGCACAUCGCGUUCGUCGCCACCGGCGCCGGAAAGAAGGACAUCAUGAAGCAGAUUUUCGACUUGGAGGAGGGCCACAGUCUCCCCUCGGCCCUUGUCAACCAGGGCGCUGGCGAGAAGGGUAUUUGUAUGAUCUUGGACUUUACUUUCAAAUUGCGUGUUGUCUCUGCCUUGAUUCAAUUCGAAAUGCUUUGUAACAAUGAUACGUGCAGCGAAGUAAGCAUCGAUACCCCGCUGAAUAUGCGCAGUAAUCUGCGAAGACAGCUGGUUCGCAGUAUUCUGCAGCGACGAAGGAACCUUGGCCGUGAUGGCAGCCGCCAACGCCUGCGAGGCCGUCUUCUGCUCCUGCAGCGAAGCCAGCACAUCGCCGGCCAGCCCGUCGGCAACAAAGUUGGGUUUCGCGGCGAUAACAUUGUCGACCAGAGUGCCGACGUCACUCGCCAGGUUCUGGAUCGGCGACACGAGGCCGAGCGCGUCGAUCGUGUUGAGAGCCGCAAGGCCGCUGACCGUCGUCGUGCCCGUGUUGAUCACCGUCACCAGCUUGUCGGAGGCGUCCUGUACGGCCGUCCCGGCUACCGAGCCCGCGACGUAGUUGGUCACGGUCGUGUCGACCACCGCGACCUGGUUGCUGACGCUUUGGAUGACGGCCUUGUAAUCCGCGAGAGCGCGCUUGGCCUGGGGAAUAGGCUCUGCGAAGCUGGUGGCCACGAGGCCGAGGGUGAAGAUUGUGCUCAGGAACUUCAUGGUGAGUUGAGUAGAUUGGAAAAGAAGAAGAGAUGGUUGAUUUGUGGAAACUGA